UAAUAAGAUGGAGUGGAUUUUUGAACAGAAAGAAAAUGAUGAAAAUCUGCCCUAAGGUUGUAAAUAAUAUAGGAGCUCACGUCAAAGGUUUUAGGAGGAAAUUAGAAAUUACUCAUGUUGUGUAAGAAUGUAAAUGUCUCAAGAAAUACUCAAAACGAUAAUUUUAUAUACAGGUGUAUUUUAAAUUACAGCAUUCUAGCUACAUAUAAAGUUGUAAAAUAAACAUAUUGUCUCACUUUUACUUGCUAACAGUUGGUUUCGCCUUUGGAAACUGGCUGUUUCCUGUAUGAGCCGGUUACAGCAAGAGGCAGCCUCUUAUCUGAAGCUGGAAAAUAUAAUAACAUUUCCACUUGUACGUUUGAUAACACGAGAAACAAAACAACUAGUUUUGACCAUGAGGUGACACUGCCUGAGGAAUCCCUGUUUGUAGUUGCGGGGAGGAAACUCACCAUAUAUGGGCAGUGACGUCAGCCCCACGUGGCUUGAGUUCGUGAGAGAUUCCAGACAACACUAUUUCCCGUAAGUACGGAGGGGCGUGGCAAACCAAUUCUCCGGCUUUAAGGGUUUACAACCUGACAAUUACUACCAGACUUCCGAUUCUACAUGGAUGACUAGGAAGCGGGAGGUGCGGCUUGAACAACUUUCGGACGUUUUGGCUCGAUUUAAACAAAAGUCAAACACUUUUUCCCUUCCUUGCUCCCCUUCGGAUUGAAUUCGUUUGGACUCUACCGACUUACGGCAAUACAGUGGGCUUGCCCCCAGAGUUUGAAUUAACCCACCAGACUCAUCCCGAAAGCUACGAUCAAAAGGUUAUAUAUACACACAAAACCAAGGUUAGGUUCGGUUGCCGUUUCACAGAAAACCGGAGAGGAUGUAUCGAAACUUUGGGAGUCAAGGGAGAGGCAACCCGGCGUACGGAGGCAACUUGUCCGGGUCAAACUCCGCAUCACUGGGAAGCACCAGCAUGUCCACCACGCAGCAGGAGCAGAAAUUUACAAUGGCAGGCAGCAGCCACUUUGUCCCAAGCCUGAAUGCCAUCACGACAAACCAGGACCUCCAGUGGCUGGUCCAGCCCUCACUCAUGCAUCCUCCAGGACCUUCGCGCUCACCGGUACCGCCUUACCCAUCCAUUGUUGGGGCCCGGCCGAUGGGUCCGCCACCUUCCCAGUCCCAUCUCAUCAGACCCGGGGUCAUAAGGGCAGCUGCUAAUACCCCACCGUCCACAAGGCGCAGGAAUGAUGAGCAGUUGUCACUUGAAGAACUGGAAAGACGCAGGAUCAGAAGGGAAAGGAAUAAAAUGGCAGCAGCAAAAUGUCGCAAUCGCCGCCGUGAGCUGACUGACUCAUUGCAAAAUGAAACCGAUCAACUGGAAGGCGAGAAGUCACGUCUGCAGAAAGAAAUAGCUGAACUGCAGAAGGAGAAGGAGAAGCUCGAGUUGGUCCUGGAAGCCCACCGUCCCAUCUGCAAAAUAGACGACUCUGAUUCCGAUUCUGAUACCACGCCUUCGCUUUCCUCUUUGGGAGCCAUCAAACUGGAACCAGAAGAAUCCAUCAUUCCGGGACCCUCCACAAAAAAGCCAGAGAAGCCCAAACCGAAGAUAAUAAUCCCGGCCAAACCGGUGGUGUCCACCGCCUCGGUCGUCGCUUCUGAGUCCGAGUCGCUCCACACACCCGUCCUCACAUCGACGCCGUCCCUCCUGUCUUUCUCCGCCGGCAUGGUUUUCACAUAUCCGUCCUCUACGUCAGAAGCAGCAGCACUCGCCGUGUCCCAUCAGGCCUUGCACCCUCCGGCCCAGCAGCCCUGCGGAGUCGCCCAUCGGCGCAGCAGCAGCAGUGGCGACCAGUCGGAUCACUCCCUGCAUUCACCAACCAUUCUCACCCUGUGAUCGCCUGGCGAAACACUACAGCUGGUUCUGGUUCCAGCCCAAACGCGGGAUCUCUGCGAAACGCUGAUAGAAACGAGGACAAUGACUUUUUUAGGCAUUUCAAGACGAUCAGCUGCUUUGUUAGUUAAUCUCUGAUCUCAGCUGAUAAGGUCUUGGGCACACGUAGCCGGGUUUUUAUUAAAAGAAAUAUCUCCCCUACACCGAUUCUAAAACACAAAUAUUGCACACGGAACUGGAUCUCUCGAUCAGUUCCAGAAAAAUUUCAAUCACAUGAACCCAAAUAAAUAUACAACAGUACGACAGAGUGUCAGGGCCACUCCAAGACUAAGUCUGUUACUACAACUUUACUCUCUUUAAUAAGAUUUUAUCCUUCUAAUUUUAUGACUAUUCUCGUAAUUUAAACUUUUUUUCUUAGCCUGCCUCUAACACUCGUACAAAUGCACUCUUAAGCUUGCUUUAAACAUGGCAAACCCAUAGGGGGCAGUGUAGUGCAAAACUAAAGUCCAUGUCAGCUAAUCAGGUUGCUUCAAAACAACCACGACUUCCUGUUAGGAUUUAAACAUGGCGCCAAGAGGUUCAUUUGUGUGGAUAUAAUUUUAACUACUUUGAAACAGUGUAUAUUUAUUUUAUAUAAAUAUAAAUAAUAAAAUACAGGCCAAUGUUGAUUUAGUAAUCAUGUCAAACCAGGUAUGUGGAUAUACUGCUGCGUUAUUUCCUCAAAUCUCCACUCUGGUUGGCUGAAAGGCCAAAAUGUCUAAAAAUGUUUUGGUUUUCCCAGAUAUCUGGCUACAUGUAAACUGGAACCUUGGAUGGCAUGAAAAUCUGUGGCAUUAUCAGAAUUUGAAUGUUACACUCUUAGUUUUUUAUUUAUUUUUUUUUUACAUAAAGUUGAUAUAUUUUUACUUUUUUAAGCUAUAAGAUGAAAUGAAUGUUUUUUUUAUUGGGGAAAAACUGCAUGCACUAUAUAUGAAAGAAAAUAUACUCUAACAGAAAAAACUCAGGCUCUCUAAAAGAAUAACAUGAGAACUGGGUUAAUGCAAGAAUAAUAACUAUAUUUUUAUCUGUUUUUACUUUGUGGAAGUUAACGACCAAUGGUGUGCUCAUAACUACCAGCCUUACUGUGCGUGUGGAUCCUUUUAGACUACAGAUAUUUAUACAGUUUAUUGACAACUAAGGCUGGACCGUAGGAGUUGAUAUAGAAUAGAUUAUAUAAUCAUCUAUUUAUUAGAAUUUUUAGAGUGUAAUAUAUUUUUGGUAAUGUUUAGAUUUUUCUGUUUUGGUGGGCAGUGCCUUAUUGUUAUUUUUAUAUUCAGACUUGUACGAAGUCACAGAGAAUAAAGAAGAAAAGUCUGCAUGAAAAA